AUGAAUUUCCUUAAAAAUCAUAAAUUAAACUCUUUGUCACGAUUAAUUUGUAGUACAAACAGUUUGAGAUGUACAAGAAAUGUAGGUACAAGACGAAAAGCACCAGAACUGCCAAUGCAAAGGGGUCAACAAAUGAACGUUAGUGGAUUUGGAAAAUUUCUUAUGCUGAUACCAAUCGCAACAUUUUCAUUAGGAACAUGGCAGGUGAAGAGAAAGAUAUGGAAGGAAAAUCUUAUUAAAGAGAUGGAAUCAAAGCUUAAAAUGAGUCCACUUGAUUUGCCGGAUAAUUUAGAUGACUUAGAAAACAUGGAAUAUCAAACAGUCAAAGUUCGAGGAAGGUUCAUCCAUGAUAGAGAAAUGUUUUUGGGACCGAGAAGCUUAAUUACACAAGAAGAUGAACAGAAAGGUGGGGGAGUAUUUUCAAAAGCAUCUAAUUCUGGAUACUAUGUUGUCACACCGUUCAAACUAGAAAAUCGCGAAGAAACUAUCUUAAUAAAUCGAGGAUGGGUAUCUAGACAGCAUCUUAAUCCAAACACAAGACAAAAUGGUCAAAUCGAUGGAAUUGUGGAAAUUGAAGGAAUUGUGAGACUAAAUGAACCACGACCUCAAUUUUCACCAGAGCACAGAUCUGGGCCAUUCCUGUACCGUGAUAUUCAGAAAAUGUGUCUUCAAACUGGCUCUGAUCCUUACUAUAUUGAUGCAAAAUACGAUCCAAAUUCAAAAGAAGGACCGAUUGGAGGACAAACUAGAGUUACUUUGAGAAAUGAGCAUUUAUCAUAUAUUAUCACAUGGUAUAGUUUAAGUGGAAUUACUGGAUAUCUUUGGUGGCGUCAAAUUGUUAAACGGGUACCAAUUUAA